CUUGAACACCUUGAUCAAUUGAUCAAUUGUUACUGCCACUUGGGUCGAAUCAGCUCUGCAUUCUCUGUAUUAGGCAAAAUUCUCAAGAGGGGUUAUCACCCAUGUUCCAUAACCUUCACUACACUCAUCAAAAGUCUAUGUCUUAAUGGCGAGGUUCCGAAAGCAUUGAAGUUUCAUGAUCAUGUUGUAGCUAAGGGGUUUCAGUUAGCCCCUGUUGGAUAUGGGACCUUGAUCAAUGUGUUAUGUAAAGUGGGAGAAACAAAGGCUGCCAUGCAGUUUCUGAGACUAGUUGAAGGGAACCCUGAUGUGCUAAUGUAUAGUAAAAUCAUUGAUAGCCUCUGCAAAGAUAAACUUGUGACUGAUGCAUUUGAUUUAUAUCACGAAAUGAUUGUCAAGGGAAUUUCUCCUAAUGUUGUCACUUACCAUGCUCUAAUCCGCGGCUUGUGUGUCGCGGGGAAAUGGAAGAAAGCUGUUGGUUUGUUCAAGGAAAUGGAAUUGAAAAACAACAUCAAACCAGAUGUUUCUACCUUUAAUAUAUUGGUUGAUGCUUUAUGUAAGAAAGGAAAGGUGAAACAAGCUAAGAAUGUGUUAGCUGUGAUGAUAAGAAAACAAGGUGUGGAGCCGGACUUGGAUACUUAUAGUACCUUGUUGGAUGGGUAUUGUCUAACUAAGGACAUGUACAAGGCCAAAUAUGUAUUCAACGCUAUGGAGCGAGGGGGAGUGACUCCUAAUGUUGAUAGCUACAGUAUUAUGAUUAAUGGGUUCUGUAAGGUUAAAUUGGUGGAUGAAGCCCUGGCCCUCUUCGAAGAAAUGCAUCACAAAGAGCUUAUUCCUAAUACGGUAAUAUAUAAUUCUCUUAUUGAUGGUUUGUGCAAGGCCAGACGAAUCUCCUGUGCUGUUGAGCUUGUUGAUGUGAUGCAUGAUACAGGUCACCCAGCUGAUUUAAUCACCACCAAUUCCUUAUUCAAUGGUUUAUGCAAAAACCAUCUUCUUGACAAGGCAACUGCAUUGUUCAUGAAAAUUAAAGAUCACAUAAUUCAGCCAAAUAUACACACCUACACAGUGAUAAUUGAUGGACUAUGCAAAGUUGGAAGGCUUAAGAAUGCACAAGAGAUUUUUCAGGUUCUUCUGAGUGAAGGCUACAAUUUAAAUGCCAUGAUGUAUACUGUUAUGAUCAAUGGGUAUUGUAAAGAAGGUUUACUAGAUGAGGCUCAGGCCUUGCUGUCAAAAAUGGAAGACAAUGGUUGCAUUCCUAAUGCUGUGAAUUUUCAAUCAAUAAUUUGUGCUCUCUUUCAAAAAAAUGAGAAUGAGAAGGCAGAGAGACUUGUUCGUGAAAUGAUUGCUAGAGAUCUAUUUUAAGAAUGAAAGAAUACAUUGAAGUCUUUUUCUUCUGUUCACUGUUAGAUCUUGUAUUGACUAAUGAAAGUCUUUCCCUCUCCU